CCCUCCUCCUCCAUGUGAGUCGCCUUUGUACCACGCGCCGUCGGUGAGGAGAGACAGAACCGGCAGGGAGAAGGCGACGUCAUACCGCUAGCCACGACACCCGACGGAGACUGAGGGAGAGGGAGAACUUGAGAGAGCGUGUGUGUGCGUGAGAGAGGAGACGGCGGAGACCAAUCCAGGUGUUGAAGAGACCAGAGAGCGGGGAAAGAAAGAUGGCGGACGAUCCGAGCGCAGCCGACAGAAACGUGGAAAUCUGGAAAAUUAAGAAGCUCAUCAAGAGUUUAGAGGCUGCUCGGGGUAAUGGGACCAGUAUGAUUUCACUGAUCAUCCCUCCCAAAGAUCAGAUCUCCAGAGUCGCUAAGAUGCUGGCUGACGAGUUUGGCACCGCUUCCAACAUCAAGAGCAGAGUCAACAGACUGUCAGUGCUGGGAGCGAUCACCUCUGUACAGCAGAGACUCAAACUGUACAACAAAGUUCCCCCCAAUGGCCUAGUAGUCUACUGUGGCACCAUCGUGACUGAAGAAGGCAAAGAGAAGAAAGUCAACAUUGACUUUGAGCCUUUCAAACCCAUCAAUACCUCGCUCUAUCUCUGUGAUAACAAAUUUCACACUGAGGCUCUGACAGCGUUGUUGUCUGACGACAGCAAGUUUGGAUUUAUCGUGAUCGACGGUAGCGGCGCGCUAUUCGGGACCUUACAGGGCAACACCAGAGAAGUGCUGCACAAAUUCACAGUGGACCUUCCCAAAAAACACGGUCGUGGAGGACAGUCUGCACUGCGUUUUGCACGGUUGAGAAUGGAGAAGAGACAUAACUAUGUGCGUAAGGUGGCUGAGACGGCGGUGCAGCUCUUCGUGUCGAAUGAUAAAGUCAACGUAGCAGGCUUAGUGUUGGCUGGUUCAGCAGACUUCAAGACUGAACUCAGCCAGUCUGACAUGUUUGACCCGAGGUUACAGGCAAAGGUGCUUAAGCUGGUAGACAUCUCUUACGGCGGCGAGAAUGGUUUUAAUCAGGCCAUCGAACUAUCGGCCGAGGUCCUCUCCAACGUCAAAUUCAUCCAGGAGAAGAAGCUAAUAGGUCGCUAUUUUGAUGAAAUCAGCCAGGACACGGGGAAGUACUGUUUUGGUGUCGAAGACACGCUGAAGGCCCUGGAGAUGGGAGCAGUGGAGAUCCUCAUUGUUUACGAGAAUCUGGACACCAUGAGAUACAUUCUACGAGUACAUGGGGCUGAGGUCAACGGAGCAGAAAACGAUGAGAAGACCAUUUAUUUGACACCUGAGCAAGAGAAGGACAAGUCGCACUUCACAGACAAGGAGACGGGGCAGGAGCACGAGCUGAUCGAGUGUAUGCCGCUGCUGGAGUGGUUUGCUAAUAACUAUAAGAAGUUUGGAGCCACGCUGGAGAUAGUCACAGACAAAAGUCAAGAGGGUUCGCAGUUCGUGAAGGGAUUUGGAGGAAUCGGAGGUAUUUUGCGGUACAGAGUGGAUUUCCAAGGGAUGGAAUACCAGGGAGAAGACGACGAGUUUUUCGAUUUGGAUGACUACUAGGUAGUCUGAGACUGAAACAUGAAGCAAAAUGAAAAGAAUGAAAUGGAGGAAAAAAAAAUCCAGAAAGAAAUCUUUCUUUUGCAGCAACCGAGUGUGUGGACCCUAAUUAACCACAAACACACACAAAACAAACACACACAGGCAGUUACAGAGGCUGAAGAGGAAUUCACUGUCUGUCAAUCAAAUGAAGGACAGCGCCCUCCAUGAAUAAUAAAUCUGCUCCUGCCUUAGAGCGAUCUGAUUGGAUAAAA